UAGAAGAUGGCAACACGCGUCUCCGGCUGGAUCGGAGCGCCAUGGAGAUUUGGCAGAGGAGGCCUGCAGCAACCGGCAAAGCAGCUUUAGUGGCCACGAGAUAGCUCCCAGCGUCUCUGAGCGGGACGCUAAGCUGCUCGUUCAAGGUUCAUGCAUAAUAUCGUCGGCUUGCCACGUAGCAACGACAGUGACAAUCCUGGUUCCAAAGGCAUCAGAUGGGUACACUUAUCAUGCUAUUUUAGAUCUUCGAGGUUGGCAUGGUGCUUUCGACUUGGUUGAGGGGAGCAGUCUAUCUCUGUGGAGAUAUCAAAACCAACCUCCAUAAUUGCUUCGAGCUGAUCAGUGCGAAAUGCGCACCGUACGCUUCCAGGAUCGCGACGAUCGAGAGGGUUACGACGCACUCACCACUGCAGAGCUGCUCGGCUCAGAACCAGAUGACACGCUGACGGAGCGGAGCGCUGGCACUGAGAGUGUAGAUCAGCACUCAAUCGGCGAAGAUGACGAGCAGUUGUUGUUGAGGCAACUGUCGGCGCUGCAGGUAGCUGGGCAACCUCGGUCCGUGCGGUUCGAAGACGAGGAGUCGAAUGGCUCACAUGAGCCUCAAAAGUAUCCUCGUGCAGCAAGCAUAACCUCCUCCUCGUCUCCUCCUCGAUCUCCUUUGCUAAAGAAAUUUUCGCCCGUCCAGGAUCGCAGAGUGAACACAGUUCUGCUCGAAGCACUACACCUCACCGAGAUAUCGAGAGACGAGAUUGGGCUGAUCGAGCGCUCUAUCAGGCGGCUCAACGACGUAAUUGUCGGUUUUGCUUUGCUGGUCGACAAACAGGUGAAAAUUGUCGGAGUGCCUAGCGACGAGGAUCGUGGACGGAUCAAAGCGGAUAUUCAAGAUCUCUCCAGUCAACUAAAGGCCUCGAAUUCAUUGAUUGAGAGCACUUGUGCACGUAUGAAAAAACAAUUAACGUCAGGAAGGAGCCAGCUCAGCGCUCAUAAGCGAAAGCUCAUGGCUCAAGGUGAAAUGGAAAACUCGGACAGCGAAAUGUCAGAAUGCACUUCUCCACGCUGCAGUGUCAACGAACAGCAUUCUCACCAGCAGCAACAGUUGCAGGAGCGUCAACUAACCCAAGGAAGGCCAGACCAGACUGGAAUUCGCUUUAAUCGAUCACCGCCACGACCAACUAUUGCACAAAACAUCCCAUACGGCUGCAGAAGUAUUCAAAGCAAAAGCAGUGCAUCGCCAAUGAAGGCUGGCAAUGCGUCACCAUGCAAAAGAAGUAGCCCACCGACAACUCCACGAGUAGCAAAAAUGCCUCUCAUUUGGCUCCUCAAGCCACGCCCUGAACAUGAUGACGAAGAAGAUGAAAUUGCACAUUCAGGCAUAGUAUCGAUCGAUCUAUUCAACUCCGUGUUGGACGCUGUGGGGCUUCAGGACAAAGAAUUCCUAGACAUGAGAGACUUGAAGACGUUCCUGCAUGGCACUCUAGCCUUCUUCAUCGCUCGGAAUCCCUCGUUGAAGUUGAUGGACAAAGCCUGUCAUCGACGUCUCAUGCCAGGCUACGUCAACGAGCUGGCCGAUGCGUUAGUGUUGGACAUGCAGCUAAUUCCACAGCUCUCGGGAAGGUCAGUCAUCGUUACACCGGUGAACGCAGUGGAGGAAUAUGUGUGUACAGAGCCGUUCCGCUUUGAUCAACUACUUCACGACGUCGAUGUGGAUCCCAGCGACAGCUCGACCAAAGAUUCGUCUUCUAACGGCUCACCUACAUUCGCUGGGGCGAUCGCCAUUACAUACCCCGGUAGUCCGUCCAAAGAGCGCAACGGUAGCCCAAUGAAUGGCGGUAAAGCAGCCGAAAUGACCAUGAUUAAGCCGCGGGAGCCCGAGCUCAUUGAGACUGCCGAGCAGACACUGGGCAUGGCCAAAUUGCUGCAUGAAUUGGCCACGGCUGAGUGCGAGGCGCGGAAUGGCAAUCGCAUCUCUAUCCGUGCGCAAGUGCCGCACUCCAAGGAGUUCUCAAAAGCCUACAUCGCCUCCUCCAAAGAGCUCAUGUUCCAGGAGACAAGCUUCCUCUGACGCGUUCAAACUGAGCGCUGGUCAAUUAUAAGGAUACUUCGAAGUAUGUGUUAGCUUGGUUUUCAUCCUUUUAAGAAUCUGCU